AUGAAUGUUAAUUCAUCGGGACACAGCCCCGAGAACACAUAUUUUCACCAUCCAUCACUCUGGCUGUCACCGGCGCCACUCCCAUUUGCGAGUCCUCUCUAUCAGCACUACCAUCUCCUUCCACCUUACAGAUUUCAUCCAUUCAUCAAAGAGGCAGCCAUCGGCGUCACAUUUCGAGACAUAGAGUCGUCGGGCAAUGCAAACAGCGCUAUGCAACCGAGUCAGCGUCGUGACAACUACUCACGCUCCUCGGGACACAUUGAGUCACCUGUCUGCUCGAAUGUGACAUCGCAACGCGGCUCCCGCCGCGAGAGCGCAAACGCCCGGCAAUUCUCAGCCCCAUCGUCAAAUUCGUAUGCGACGCUCGCGAGGAGUAGCGUGAGAAAAGGCUUCAUCGGAGAUGCAACCAGUCGGGUGCAUCAGUCGAGUCGUCGGGCGCCUGCAAAUGCUCCUCUGGAGCCUGCAGAUUUCCGGCGUCGACUUGGUAGCAGAACCAAACAUGAACCAUCGCUGAGCGCUGCCAGCUUAGAUACGCCGCUGUGGUCCCAUUCGAAACGAUGGACGAGCGGCGAAAAAAAGGAACUUAUGGCAUAUCAGAAAAUGCGCCAGAAUAUCCAUUACAUUGGCGCUGAUGGCUCGCCAUUUUUGCCCGAGAAUGCGGCCGAGCUAGCGGCGUUGAAGGUCAUGAUGGCCGAAGAGCGGCGGCGUGUCAUUGCGAUCAAGGUAGAGCGACUGACGGCGGAGCUAUCAGAAAAGGGCACGCUGAGCCCCAGGACGUUACUCAAGGGCCACUCACUUUUUGCAUCGAUGGGCAAUUGCUUUGAUAGAGAGGAUAGGACUAAGGAAGGAGCUUGGCCCACGAUUGUGCAGCUCAAAGAGGAGGGAGACCGGCGCGCCGACGGCGCACGGCGCCAACUUCCGCAUCCCGCGACGGUGUAUGGUGGGAGCUGGCCGCGAAACGUCAGUGUUGAUUUGCUAGGUGGACAAUCGUUUGGCAUAUGGCCUGUGGACGGGCUUGCUGGAGGGGAGGAAGGCGGGAGCCAUGGAUUGGACGAGAACGACAUACCAGGUUGGCUUUGGGAACUGAUUGACAUUGACGCCUGA